AUGACCUCCACUGCAAACACAGUAUAUGUCGUGACAGGUGCAAACAGAGGCCUCGGUCUCGGACUGACCAAACGGCUAUUAGAACGCCCUGCCACCACCGUCGUGGCCUCUGUCCGCAGCCACAACGCAGCCACAAACCUUAGGUCAGACUUUGAAGGUGUUGAAAUCGGCAAAAAUAGUGCCCUCCAUAUCAUCGAAUUGGACUUUUCAACUGCAAUACCCCCCGAAGAGAUUGUACAGUCGUUCUCCGCAGCAGUUAGCACAGUGACGCAUAUCGAUGUGCUCAUCUGCAAUGCUGGAUUCGCGACACACAUGGCUCCAGCCCUUCUAACAUCGGCGGAAGAUCUUCGCGAAUCGUUCGAAGUCAACACCAUCGCCCCGCUCCUCGUGUUUCAAGCCUUCUGGCCACUUAUGCAGAGAUCGGAUUCUGCGCCUAAGCUCGCGGUCAUCUCCUCCUCCGUCGGUUCGAUUUCUAAGCAAGAGCCUGUUCCCGGUGGUGCAUAUGGUCCCAGUAAAGCAGCCUUGAACUGGCUCACCAAGGCUCUUCAUCUUGAAAAUGAGAAAGAUGGCUUGGUUGCGUUUGCUUUGCAACCUGGCUGGGCGCAGACGCGGAUGGGGAAGUCUGCUGCCACAGACUGGGGAUAUUCCGAAGACCCACCGGUGACUAUUGAGGAAAGUGUGAAUGGGAUGCUUGAUAUUAUUGACAAUGCUACAAGGGAAGAUGUGUCGGGAAAGUUCAUAUCGUUCAAUGGAGAUAUUUUGUCGUGGUAG